UAUUCAGAUCACAUAUUUCUGUUAUAUCCUUCCAAAAUGGCAUCCCUCACCCUGAGGAACCUCUCAUUGACUGUCCUCCUUGCCGGAAUUUUGGCUGGAGCACUGCCUAGAGGGGUGGUGGGUCAGGACUGUGGCUGUGCCGCAGACCUUUGCUGCAGCAGAUGGGGGUAUUGUGGCACAGGCGACGACUACUGUGGCACCGGGUGCCAAGAGGGUCCCUGCAAUCCGGCCCCAAGUACCAACAAUGUCUCGGUUGCAGAUAUCGUGACACAGGAGUUCUUCAAUGGGAUAAUUGAUCAGGCUGAUGCGAGUUGUGAAGGGAAGAACUUCUACUCAAGGGCGAGGUUUCUUGAGGCUCUCAACUCGUUUUCUCAGUUUGGCAGGGUUGGUUCAGAGGAGGAUUCUAAGCGUGAGAUCGCUGCUUUCUUUGCGCAUGUUACUCACGAGACUGGACAUUUUUGCUACAUAGAGGAGAUCAAUGGAAGCUCUAGGGACUACUGUGAUGAGACCAACACCCAGUAUCCAUGCGUGGCUGGGAAGGGUUACUAUGGACGUGGACCGAUUCAGCUAUCAUGGAACUUCAACUACGGGCCUGCCGGAGAGGACAUAGGAUUUGAUGGCUUGAACUCUCCUGAAACUGUGGCAUCAGACCCAGUUGUGUCAUUUAAGACAGCUUUGUGGUACUGGGUAAACUUUGUCCAACCAGUCAUAGGCCAAGGGUUUGGGGCAACCAUUCGAGCCAUUAAUGGUGCACUGGAAUGUGAUGGGGCAAAUCAAGCCACCGUCAAUGCCCGAGUUGAAUACUACACGGAAUACUGUAAUCAACUAGGUGUCACACCUGGGGAUAAUCUCACUUGCUAGGAUAUCACCUAAAAGGAAAUAAAUGGUAUGGAACCCUACCGAGGGUUGUCCAGAUGCUAUAGUGUUUGUAGUUUAGACAAAUAAUAAAAGCUCCUAGCAUAUUUUUGUA